AUGAACAUGGAAUUUGCGAUAAAACAACAGAUAUUUGCAAAUAAGCAAGAAUCAGUCACCACAUUCAAUCAAAUAAGAAUUAAUGAAGACAAUACCAAUGCAAUAAUAAAAUUAAUAUUAGAAAAAGUAAACGAUAAAGAUAAAGGUUUCACAUUUGCAGGUAAUCAAUUCACAGUUACAAAAGGAGGAUUCAAAUUAUCAUUAUCAAUUUCAAACUGGUUAUUCAAAAGCAAUAUCAAUACAUCCCAAGUACAAAUGACAUCAGACAUACUUUAUGUAGGAUUCCAACAAUAUCGAGAAAUCAAUAAUCCAUCAUCUUAUAAUAUGGCAAUCGAAAUACUCAAAUCAAAUAAUUUUAAAAUAACACCCAUCUCAAAACCUCUACAAUCAACAACUAACUUUACAGAUGAUCAAAUUAAAAGAAUUGCAUGUGAAAUGAGUGAUAUUAGUUAUGAUUUGGUAGAAGGAAUUAAAGUUUGUACCCUUGAUGAAACAAUAUAUACAUAUCUCUUAGAUUCAGAUUCAAAAGAGAAAUAUAUUCAAGAUAAUAAUAAAUCUCCAGUUAUGUGUAUACCUCGUAAACCUCAUGCAAAUGGUCUUUUAAGCUUAUGGUUGGAACCUUUUUAG